GCUUACGUUGUAUAAAUUAAAAUUGCUCAUAAUUCAAGCAAGAUGUGAAAGGUAGAACAAUAGUUCUUGUGAGAAUCUCAUUAGUUUAUGCUUGGUCAAUAGCCUUAUUUAGUUCGAAUCAGUAAUUUUACUUCGCGUAUAGCUUCUAUAAAGAUCCACGAUUGUGUUGAAACCUUAAAGUGUAAGGGUUUCAUUGAGAAUAUUAGAUUAUUCUUUGUGUAAAAAUGGAUCCGGGUAUCCUUUGUUUCCACCAUUGUGAGCACAAAGUGUUUUGUACCAUAAUUCCGGAGCAGUGUCCUGUGUGUGAACAGAAACUCGACAGAUACGACUAUAACUUAUUGCCAUUCAGAGUACCUUAUCCUUUUGUAAAAGCCUCUCAACAUCCUCGGGCUAUAGUAAUGAAGCCUACACAUGGGGAUUUUCUCAAUGAUUACUACAACUCAAAAGACUUGCACAUUGGUGUAACGAACUCGCAGGGCUGUGUAGUGGAGUUUUGUGAAGAGGGCAUUCAGGGAGUGGACACUGCUUCUAAGAAGUGGAGCUCCUGUGAUUCCAGUUCUGACUGGGACCAGUGCCUCUUGCUGGAACAGUUUGAUGAACUGUGGAAUGAGAUCUGGGACAGUGUGCUGCUGAAGGUUAGUUUGAGUCCAUUGUGGGAGGCUGACAAAUACCAAGAGGAGAGGCACAACUGCUUCACAUUUGUUUUGACUUUUCUACGAGCACUGGACUGUGGGGAGCUGUCGGAGAAAGCUCAUGACCCCAAACUGUUUUGCAAACAGUAUGUCGUACCUAGGACUUCUGCUGCAGGGAAAUACAUCUCCCUCUACCGACAGCUCAAGAGACAGAACUAUUUUAUACAAAACCUAUGAUGGCCAGUUGUUAAAUUCUAUAAUUUAUAUAUUUAUUUGUAUUACGUAUUCAGUAUUUAACUGUGAUGUUUUAUGUAUAGCUGUAAGACUCUUAAAUUCAAGUGCAUUUAAUUUAGACCAAUGAUAAUUUAUAACUAAUUAAAUUUCUAUGUUCUUUUCUUAUUUAGGUGUAUUUAUUUAUGAUAUUAGUGAUUUUUAUGUAUUGUAAACAAGAAUUUAACAGCGUUCAUGUUUAAUGCAUAACUAGUUGAAAUGAGCUCAAUAAUUCCUCAAAUAUAAUUGUAUUUAUGGUUUAUUUCUUUAAUAUUCCAUGCUGUAUGUUACAUUAUCACUUCUUGCCAUUUGUAUAGUAUUGUUACUUGUUCAUGAAUGUAUUUGAUAAGUGCAUAUUACAAAGACUAUCACUGUCAGAUUUUCAAUUAAGGAGUACAUAUCUUUGAUAAAACAUUUUCAAUGUGCUAGAAAUAAUUGAUUUACAUGACCAAGGAAUUAAUUGUAUACCAUGGUAUGUGUUUAACUGUUUAUACAAAACAUGUAUGGAAUAAUGCUGUGUGUACAUCUUCCAUUAUGUUAGGAAUUUAAGUGUUUUACACUUUCAAGUCUCUGUUAUGAGCUGGCUAAAUAACAAGAUAUUAAAAAGAACCAACAUGUUUCAUUGUAUUUGUCAAUUUAUUUUAUAUUUAUUGUGGUUUCUUGAAAAAACGUUUUAGAAUACAAAAUGAUGAAGUGUUCAAUAUAGAAUAAGAUUUCAUAUCUUUUACCAUUUUAUUAUAAACCUUAAUAAAGUAUAUCAUAAAAAUGUAUAAAAGCCGACAUUUAAAGCUGAUUGUAGGUGAUAAAUACUUUCUCUAUUUAUUUGUGGAGUUAGGUAUUCACUAUACUGUACGAUUUUUAUGUUGAGCAUAUGCUUUUAAUGGGCGAUUAUUUGAGUCUAUCGCUCAAUCUUGUGCUCUCUGCUCUUGCCUUGUAAUAUAAGUUGCACGUAAUUAUAAUGUAUGGUGUCAUUUUAUAUCGUUAUUAGUAAAAUUAUUUCUUCCUUACUUAUUUCCCUGGAAUUAUUUAGUCUUCAAUAAUCUACUUGUAUUUGUCAAGGAUAUUGAGACGAAAGUAAUGCAAUUUGUUUGUAGUUUGUAUUGAUGUCAGAAAGAACUGUUAUGUUGACUGUACUUACUAACCACGUAGAUUUUUCUAAUGGAAUUUGUAGACAAUAUUAACUUCAUUAUUUUAUUUACAAGAUGUACACUGUACUGUUUUAAAAUACAGAGCAUUGAAAUAUGUUAUAACUAUUGUUGGCGUAGAAAGAUAGCAUAAAGUCCAAUAUUGCGUAAAAAGUUUGUUCUUUGUGUCUACAAGUUCUGUAAAGACUUCUGUUCUACUUAAAUAUAUUAAGUUAAAUUUAAUUACAAAAAAAUAAAGUUUCCGGAGGCUUUUAAAAUAAUGUAAGAUCGAGUUUUUGCUAACUUAUAUUUAUUUAUCUUGCCCAAGAGGUUUGAACAGGUUGAAUGAACCGAAUAUUUAAGUUAGCCGUUAUCUCUAGUUUAGUCUCGUGUUUUUUUAAGUUUCUCAAUUAUGAUUUAGAGGUAAUCUGUAAUUUCGAUACAUGGCUAUAGAUACGGGCGCUAGUUCCUACUCUAUCUUCACUUGAGACUUGAAUUUCGUAAUGGAUCUCGAAGACAAAAGUUCUAGGUGCUAAAUUAAAUAAAAUAUUUGUUAAAAUUAAA